GGGUUUCAGAAUAAAACGCCUCUCGUGAGAUAAAAAAAAAAACAAACUUCAGUUCGCGGGUUCCUCGUGAGGGCGGAAGUUCUCUGAACGCAGCACGUGACGCCGGUCCAGAACCAGCAGAACCAGAACCAGCAGAAUGUCGACCACGUCUCAGAAGCACCGAGACUUCGUCGGGGAGCCGAUGGGAGACAAACCGGUGACGGCGCUGUCGGGCAUCGGCGAGAUUCUGGGGAAGAAGCUGGAACAGCAAGGCUUCGACAAGGCGUAUGUGGUCCUCGGUCAGUUCCUGUUGUUGAGGAAAGACUCUGAGAUGUUCACCGAGUGGCUGAAAGACGCCAGCGGCGCAAACUCCCGCCAGGCCGGCUCAUGUGCUCAGUGCUUGAGGGAGUGGUGCGAUGCCUUCCUCUGAGACCCCGCCUCUUCACAUGAGACCCCGCCUCUUCACACGAGACCCCGCCUCUUCCUGUUCAUCUCUGCUGUUGUUUCCAGGUGAAUCUUUGGCCUACUUCCUGUUGGACGGUUGUGAUGUCACAGUGUCCCGACAGGUCUUAGUUCACCUGUUUUCAUCAGCUCGGUUCAUUGGACGACGUUUACGGAAAUAAAAGCUUUGUGUCUGAA